AUGAAACUUCAUCUGACCGACCGGACUCAAACCGAAUCGGCGGCAGGCGCAGCCAGUGGGCCGGCGCCGCGCGGACCCCAGUUUGUCGAGGAGCACUCUGGCAACGUGACGGCUCGCGUCAACGGGUCCGUCAUUCUCAACUGUCGCGUGCGGUGGAUGGCCUCGCGUCAGGUGUCCUGGGGCCGCGGUUUCGAAGUGCUGACCGGCGGGCUGAUGCUGUUUACCGGUGACCGCCGGUUCCAGCCGCUCCACCAGGAGUACAGCGAGGACUGGGGCCUGCGGAUCCUCUCCGUGAGGCACGCCGACGCUGGCUGGUAUUUCUGCCAGGUCAGCACCUCGCCACCGGUGUCGCACUACCUACAUCUGACCGUGGUCGAGCCUGACGUCGAGAUCCUGGGUGGGCCUGAGCUGUACAUCAACCAGGGCAGCACAGCCAACCUCACUUGCGUCAUCCGCCGGGCGCACAAGGUGCCCGAGAAUGUGCGCUGGACGCAUGAUGACAAGCUGGUGGAGUUUGACCGGUCACGGACUGGGGUGCGCGUGCGGACCUCGUACGAGCGCCAGCGCACGGUCAGCUCGGUGAUCAUCAAGCGCGCCUCUGCCGGCCGACUCUGGCGCGUACUUCUGUGACCCGGACGGCCUGGAGCAGGUCAUGGUCACCGUACACGUGCUCGCCGACGAGUACCCAGCGGCGAUGCAGACCGGUGCCGCGACACGCGUCACGACCCGCAGCCUUCUCACGAUCGCCGGUCUUCUCACGGUGACGUCACGGUGGCUGGCCGUCUAGACAUCUCUUGGCGACAUCUGGAACUUGCGUCUCAGCUUGCGCCACCAGGUCGCUUUGCUGCAGCCACGCGUCGGACAGUGUCGCGGCAUUGCAAACGAGAACGCUCUGUUGCCAUGAACUUAUCACUAUUUUGUGCUGGUGAGUGGCCAGUGGACACUGGCGGUGUCCGGUGAGCGGUGCACACCGGGUGCAUCCCUUGUCAUCCAGUGUCCACGCACCAAAGAGCUGCAUUCCGCUGCUAGUCCAGAUGAUCUCAGUGCUGAGGAGGCCGCUGGCCAGCCAGUGAGCCCUCACGCAGCUUUUGCGCGUCUGCCGCAUCCUUGGUAGGAUGGCUGACGCUCACCCAGCCGUCAAUGACGAACAAUCAAAAGGUCAUUCCCGUUCUGUCUGGUACUUAUUUCAGUGAAUGCCGUAUUGUGUGGUGGGAUAAAUCUUAUGCCGAUGUGUGUUACGCGACUGCAUGGCGUGCCGCUUCGAGCGCGCGUUACUGUGCGAAACAUGUGUUCAGUGUUAUUUAAGCGCUUGCGACUUCUUUUUGUUACGUGCACCGGCUUAUUGAUCAUAGACAGUAGUUAUAUAAGGAUGCGUCGCUGUUUGUUAGUUUUUUUCUUGCGAAGGCCUCAUGUUUUCGUAAUUGUCAUCCGCUGUUUUGCCGUAACCAGCUGGCUUCCUGUAAAACAUGAAUCUCGGUGCGCAGUAAAAAUUUGAUAUGCGCGACCCAUGAUAUCACCUAGCACGGCAAUAUCUUGCAGCCGAAAGUAAAAUGGAUAAGUUGUGAAACGGGGUGGGGAUAUCAACAUUCAUCGAUUGGGGCCUGAAAUUAUUGCCUGUAGCACAAUACUAGGUCAGUCUUCUGCAUAAAAGUGCAUUUACCAUUACAGCGUCCUGUGGCCGUUUGUUGCAGAUGAUUCAAGUGAAAAGUGACGAAUGCAACUUGAGUGCCCUGUAAGGCGUUGGCAAUAAAGUGCUGAACUCCAGCCAG